AAUUAAAGUCACGCUUUAAAUAUCUCUGUCUCAAAAAAAACUGUUUGCCUACAGAAGAAAACAAGUGAAUUCUUUAUCUAUUUACCUUUUUCUUUAACGCAGUAAUUCAAUAAUUGUUGUCUUGUCACUAUAAAUUAUAGCUAAAAAUAAAUCUCCAGAGAAAAUAAUAUUCUCGUUCUCCAUCGGCUUUCCUCUCAUCGGAGCUCCCUGGUUCUGAAGGAACCAAAGACAAGAUUUUGAUCUUGGUGGUGGAGAAACCGAAAGAUGGAAGGAGAUGUGUUCUCAGGCUUCGGAGAGAGACACAACAUGGAUGGGAAACUGCUGCAGAGUUUCCAGAAGAGCUUUGUGGAUGUUCAAGACAUUUUGGAUCAGAACCGGCUGCUGAUCAACGAGAUCAAUCAGAACCACGAGUCCAAACAGCCUGAUAACCUGGGUCGAAACGUCGGUCUCAUCAAAGAGCUCAACAACAACAUCAGAAGAGUGGCUAGCCUUUACGGUGACCUCUCUCAUUCUUUCGCAAGAUCGAUGGAGGCUUCAUCAGAAGGUGAAUCUAGUGGAACCUUGAAAUCUUCCGAUGGGAAAGCUAACCAGAAGAGGUUUAGAUCCGGUUAGUGUUAUAUAUAAACCGAGAGAGAGCCACCACCAAAAGCUGAUUUUCAUUCAAAGACUCAGAGCUAAUUUGAUUGAAGAGAAAGAAAGAAGAAAAAAGAGUUUUUUUACUACUGCAAUAUCUCACUGUUGGAAAAUGAUAAGCUACAUACGUUUUUCACCAAAAGAUGAUUUUCAGAUUAAUUGUUUGUUUGUUUGUUUUACUUUGGAAAAAAACUUGAAGAAACUUGUUGUAAAGUUCACACAUUUGAGUUUAUGAUUUGGUUUCUCCA